AUGAGCAGCGCACAGAGCCAGAACGACAUUGUGAGUCCGGCGGAGGAGCAGCCAAUGAACGUAAUUAAGCAGAAUGCAUCGACUACAGCGAUUACUUGUGCACCCGUAAACAAGGCUCAGAAAAUGCAGGACCAUCAUUCUCGUGAUGUAUAUAUAGCUGUGAAUGCAAUGGAUGGUACGAGUCCUAGCAAAAAGCGUCGACGGACACGGAGCGGCACGACGGAAAGCGAUUUGCGAACGUAUGGAACUGCUGUUGCCUUUCAACAUCAAGCACAGAGAAGUAUAGAAGAGAUGAAGGACAGUGAAGAAGAUUGGAAAGAAAAUGGACACGUGGACGACGAGAUUGAUGCUUCAAAGGAAAAUAUAGAAGAUUGUGGAGAAGUAUCAGUGAACGAGGAGCCAGGAAAACAUCAUGUGUUAGUGAAGGAGGAGCCAGGAAAACGUCAUGUGUUAGUGAAGGAGGAGCCAGGAAAACGUCAUGUGUCAGUGAAUGAGGAGCCAGAAAAACAUGAUGAGUUGGCGUCUCAGUCGUUGAGUCAGGAGACAGAUAGCGAUGAGAGACGUGUUGGUGUGUCAUUAGGGAAGCAAGAAAUGAGUACUCUUGGUGACGUAUCGACGAUCAUGGAAGCUAUGCCUUCUACAUCAUCUUUGCCGUCCCAAGUUGUUCAUCGCUCCAGUGUUGAUAUGGUGUUUCCGGAGGACGAAGUGCCGAUUGAGCUGUGUCUUUUUUCGAGCGAUGGAAGUGUUGAGCCAACGCAUGCGGAGUCACCACCUCGUCCAUCUAAUAAUAUGAAGAAGGCUUCGCCACAGGCUGCAUCGACUACACCAAAAUCACCUCCACUGAUGUCAAUAGGAAUACCGUUGACAUCAACAGGUUCCACUUCCACAGCUUCUACGUUCAUGACAGCAGUGGAUACAGCGACACAAAUUGUUGUCAAUCGUACGAUGAGACGGAGAAGGCGCAGGAAGAAGUUUAGUUUCUCGUCCACACGCAGUAAAGCAACUGCUAAAGCAAAUCAGGAGCAGGGCACUAUGCCAGCGUCACCUGCGUUAGUGGACAUGUUGUUGAGUACCUCAGUAAACGGACACUCAGCUAAAAAUGGGGCAGAGGUUAAAAUUAGCAGUAAUGCACCUCCGUCACCCAUAUAUCCUGCUGCUGACGCAUCGCACCUAUACCCGACUACAUCAGAAGGCAUGCAAUUGCGAUGGGAGGACGUUGACCCGUUCUUUGGCCCUAUUGCACAGAGCGACCUGGAUAACCUGAUGCGAUGGCGUAGAGAAAACGCUAACUUUAUAGCUGCGAAUCCAAAAGCAUGGCGAGGUGCGUCAGGAAUGGAGAGCAAGCGUGCAUUGUUAGCGACCAUGGAUGCGGAUGCUUCAGAUGCCUUGACGGAGCAUGUGGAGUUUCCUAUGCGCCGGGGACGUAGUUAUGUUGACGUCUGGGAGGAAAUCGACUUUCUUGAUCGACUGAAGCAUGAUAGCUUUGUGAGCAAAACUCAGAUGAAAAAUCGAAUGAUGAAGAGGAAAACGAAGCGCAAAGGUGUUAUUGCUGCAGAAACAUCGUUGCUAGCAUCUUAUCGGGACCUCGUGUAUGGGUACGAUGAUGAUCGAUUUCAGGAGUUUCGAGACCAUUUGGUGUCUCGUGUGAAGGCUUGUCAGUCUGACCUGCUCCCAGCUACACCGCCAACGCCUUCUACAAGACGUCAACAAAAUGCCAGUACGAAUGUGGACGAUAAUGUCGCACAGACGCUAGCGGAGGAAGUCGAAUUUGACGAGGAAGUUUUGCCUAGUCUACCCAUCUGUCAGCUGCAUCCAGCGUCUCUGGGUCUUUGGAAGUUAUGCAAGAAACAAGAACCCGACUAUUCAGUUGUGCAUCCUGCGUCUGUAAAUCGUUCGCAAGUUCCAGCUCGCUGGAAAGAGGAAAUGGAACAUCACCACCAACGACAGUACGAGUUUCAACUUCAGCAAACGGACGAAUUUGCCGACCCAAGUGAUGGGGAUGACGAAGGUACUGGUGACAGCAUCCGCGACCGUUUUCGUGCCACAAUCUUGAACCAUCAAGUCACUGGCACACUACCAUCGUUUGGCAACAGUAUGGAAGAGGAUGAAAUAUCGCAGACACUUGCUGCUUCAAUAAGAAGUCUGAUACCGCUAUCCAUUUACAAUUGGCGGACUGCUCAGCUUGUAUAUGAAAGAGCAGCAUGUAGUAUUCAGUGUGCACCAAUCCUGGAGGGUGAAGCUGCCGCUGCAAAAGAUCUAGAGGAUAUGUUUUUGCAGUUGUGUUCUUCAAGCGACACUAGCGCGGAUGUUGCCCUACUUCAUGCUAGCGGUUCAAACCGUAAACCUCGGGUGUCACAGAUAAUUAGGAGUACUCCACAUGACAUGAUUGCACAUAGUGUACGCUACGAUGUUGCGGACAACUGUUCUCUUGCCGUUGUAGCGUCGGUGGAAUUUGCCCUUAGAUUGAGUGUUGGAGACGUCGUGGACGUGCUCGAUAGAAACGGGUGUUGGAAUUAUGGCGAGGUUAUGGAAACUUACUCGGAUGACACACUGGGGGUUGUUAAGUUUUUGUUAAUGCAGUUUUCCUUGUGGCCUGAAGACACCGUGGAAUGGAUCUCGGCUAGCGAAGGCCGCAUACUGCCUCAAGGUGUCGCUGACGGUUCGCGAUCCUGUUCGGUUGGCCCCACUCGUGCCCAUAGAGUCCGUAUUCAAUAUGACCAAAGCCUUGCAAGAGAACUUGAGCUUUCAUUGCCGCAGCGACAAGAAAAGCAGGCAAUCGCUGCGUCCCAAGUGCUAACCCAAUGGCAACAUGAUAUUGUGGUACGAUCUACAAGUGAUUUACAAAAAAUGCCGCAGAAACGUAAACGAAAACGCCCGGCGAAAUCUGCGCUUGUCGCUACAACUCCAUCGUAA